AUGACUUACAGAAAAAGUAAUAUUUAUUUAUCUUUAGUUAAUAGUUAUUUAGUAGAUAACCCAGAACCAAGUUCAUUAAAUUAUUGAUGAAAUUUUGGAAGUUUAUUAGGAUUAUGUUUAGUAAUACAAAUAGCAUCAGGAAUAUUUUUAGCUAUGCAUUAUUCAUCACAUAUAGAGUUAGCUUUCAAUUCAGUAGAGCACAUAAUGAGAGAUGUUAAUGCUGGUUGAUUAAUACGUUAUAUACAUGCAAAUGGAGCAUCAUUCUUUUUUAUAUGUAUGUAUUUACACAUAGCUAAAGCAUUAUAUUAUGGUAGUUAUAAAAAACCUAGAUUUACUGCUUGAGCAAUAGGAGUUAUAAUAUUUAUAGCAACUAUGGCAACAGCUUUCAUGGGAUAUUGUUUAGUUUAUGGACAAAUGAGUCAUUGAGGAGCUACAGUUAUAACUAAUUUAUUAUCAGCUAUACCAUUUAUAGGAGGAGAUUUAGUACCAUUUAUAUGAGGAGGUUUCAGUGUAAGUAAUCCUACUAUACAAAGAUUCUUUGCUUUACAUUAUUUAUUACCUUUUGUAUUAGCAGCAUUAGUUAUAAUGCAUUUAAUGGCAAUACAUGCUCAUGGUUCAUCUAAUCCUUUAGGUAUAACUGGUAAUGUUGAUAGAUUACCUUUCCACAAUUAUUAUAUAUUUAAAGAUUUAGUAACAGUAUUUAUAUUCUUAAUAGUAUUUAGUUUAUUUGUUUUCUUCUCACCUAAUACUAUGGGUCAUCCUGAUAACUAUAUACCAGGUAACCCUAUGGUUACACCUGCUUCUAUAGUACCUGAAUGAUAUUUAUUACCUUUCUAUGCUAUAUUAAGAUCUAUACCCGAUAAAUUAGGAGGAGUUAUAGCUAUGUUUGGAGCUUUAUUAAUAUUAUUAGUAUUACCUUUAACUGAUAAAUCUAUAAUAAGAGGUAACUCAUUUAAAAUAAUAUCUAAAUUCUUUUACUUCUUAUUUAUAUUUAAUUUCUUCUUAUUAGGUCAUUUAGGUGAAUUACAUAUAGAAGUACCUUUCAUAUUAUUAGGUCAAUUAUCUACAGCUUUCUAUUUCUCUUACUUUAUAAUAAUUAUACCUGUUAUAUCAUAUUUAGAAAAUAUAUUAUUCUAUUUAUCUAAUAAAUAA